GGAGGAGACGCCAACCACAAGACCUCGGAUGGUGUGACCGCAGCCCACGAGGCGGCAAGGACAGGCCGAGUCGACUGCCUUGAGAUGCUGCAUGAGUUCGGAGCGAACCUCGACAUUGAGUCGGACAACGGCAAUCGACCCUCCCACUACGCUGCCAAGUACGGGCACGAGGCGGUCCUGCGCUUCCUCUACAAGAAAGUCGACUUCCAUGUGAGGAGCGGGGCGGGAAGCUGCCUUGACCUGAGAGAUUGUUAG